CUGAUUCAGCAGCAGCGCGUUUAUGUUCUUGAUUCACUCCAGCGCUACCGACUGUCGGGAUGUGACCCCGGAACCGGACGCCUCUUUAUACACGACACAGCUCUCAUAUACAACAAAACCGACAGAACCCUGGACCAGGAGAGCGGUGCGUCAGGAGCAGGGGGGAUGAACCGUGAGGAAGCCCCUGGCAAGUCUCCUGAGGAGAUGUACGUCCAGCAGAAGGUGCGGGUGCUGCUCAUGCUCAAGAAAAUGGGAUCAAACCUGACACCAAAUGAGGAAGCGUUUCUACGGAAUUAUGCAGGCGUGGUGCACAGUCAGAUGAGUCAGUUGCCACAGCACCCCAUUGACCAGGGUGCUGAGGAUGUGGUGAUGGCCUUCUCAAGAUCAGAGACUGAGGACAGGAGACAGUGACCUCUCGCCAAGUCACUACAGCUAAAUACCACAUAACACUGUUGAUGGAGAGGGCGGGACCUGAGAUGGGAGAGGGGUGGGGCUCUGCCAUGUGCUCGUUGCCGCACUUCCCUUCGCUACCCCAUUCCCCUCCUCUUCCUCACGAACUGUUACACUAUCAGGGCCCGCGGCCUCAAUAAUACCUGCUGACUUACAGCAAGAGUCAGAAAGAGCGGGUAAACGUUUGAUUUUUUUUGCUGUUUUUUAGGAUUUUUUUGUUUUGUUUUUUGUUGAUUUAUGCUUCGGUGAGAGGCGUUUCUUGUUUGUUCCCAUGAGAGACUGAACGGACCAAGAGUUUCAUUUUUCUGGUCAAACCAAGAAAGAAUAUAAAUCGCCUUAUGGGUAAAUUAGAGACAAACCUGUUUGUUUAAUUUAGUAGUUUCCUGUUUUGUUGUCCACAGGAUGUUUUUGUUUUCAGGGUUGUUAAGUAGCUGUUUACAUCAUAAUGUCUUCAGAAUAACAUUCUUAUUGGUGUGGAGAUGAAAGAAUUACGACAUAAUGGACGAGGCCCGUACGUAAGCACACACUCAAAGAAUGAUGUCCUACAAAUGAACUGAUGUAUCACGAUCUGUUUUCUCGAUGUUUGCAUCAAUGUGAGAUUUCCUAGGCUUUUUUUGUACAGAACGUAAGAAAAAAGUAGAAAAGUGAAUAAAUUGUGCCAAUUGUGUUAUGUAAAAUAUUUCUAAAGGUAUCUAAUUAAUGUCUUAGGUCCCUAUUUAUUUUUCCAAUGUCUUAAAGUCUAGACAAACAUGAACCCCACGUCCAGGAAACUUUUAAAGCUCUAAAUUUGUAACGGCGUGUUUUGAGUAAAAUGACCUUAGUAAAAUAAUAGCCAGAAAUGUGCUAACACGUCAAAUAGACACGACCUCCGCCUUAAGCAUUGUGACAGAAUGUGCUAUUCUCUGACACGAGUAUUUCUUGCCGCAUAUCUAACAGCGUGAAAGACACAUUUUAAUUAAGUGUGGUUAUUAAGAUGACUCCAGACAGCCCUGCAUAACAUGCAUUUUGUCUUUUGGCCUCUGACCUUUUUGGUAACAUCGGUAUUUAAUGUUUUGUUAACCUGCUUGACAUAAUUAUUGUAUCUCAGUGUUUUGAAAUGAUGCAUGCCUGUAUUGAGGUUUAUGAUGUACGUUAAAGUAGCUCUAAUGAUCACGAGAGCCUGGCAGCAUUAAACAUCACCUCUUUUAAUCUGUGGACGUCCUUUUUCCAAAAAAUGUCUUUAUAGUUCCCUCCGAUCUCCUCUCAGCAAUAAGCAUCUGAAUGGAUGUCUUCAGUCAUUGAGUCUACUUGUCUACAUGGCCAAACAGCUAUAUUAACAGGCAUCUGUUUGCUUUUAACUGUUGUUUUAAAGUUAUUCUUAUUUUGUCUAUGCAUUUUUUUAUUCUUAAGCAUACAAAUGUGUCUUAACUGCCAUCAGGCUGGGUCUAUGACCCUAGCCGCCCAUACAUAUGAAUGUCACUAUGUCUGGAUUCAUGUUUGGUUCAUUGACUUCAUUGUAUUGUUGUCCCUUCCCCCUCAAGCUGUAAAACUAUUACAUGUGAAUUGCUUUUUUAUUGUUUAAAAUUCAAUCGAGUAGAUGUUUUAUGCUGUUGACUACGUCCCUCGACUACAAUGCAUCCAAAAUCUAUACCAACCGAACAUUAAAGGAGUUUAAAACUGCGCUUUGUUUGGAA